CAUAGUUUAUGCCCUAACUCUUGCACAGCACAAUACGAGGUGCUGAACUAGGCUACCUCAACACAUUAGAUGCAUAUCGGAAAUAGCAAGAAAAUGGCAUCUUCUCUUUUCGGUAUAUUAAGAAUAUUCGAUUCCUGUUGUGCAUUCGACGAUUGCAAACAAGAUGGGUACGAAUUUGAGAUUGAGGAGCAACAUUUCAAAGAUAGACUACAAAAUUCAGUCAACGUAAUGGUUAUGCUUGAGGAUGGAAGCAAAUUAGCAUGUACAUUAAAGGUCAACUGUGAUCAGUCGUUAAUUAGAAUUGCGUGCGAAGACCAGGUCCGAGAAAUGAAAUUCGAUGCCAUCAGAAAGAUAUUACACACAAAAGCAGAGCUCUCUAGGGUCCAAACACAGGGAACUUCACUAAGUUUUGACAACUCAGUGGCAUUGCAUCUUGCUGAAAACGGCAACUGUAUACCACUCAUGUUCAAUAACAGUCAGGAGAAGAAGCUAUUUUUAAAUAUCGUUGGCUCAUUUAUAUCGGUGUAGAGCCGAUAAUGCUAGUGCGGCUGAGCCGCG